GCAGAGAGAAAGCAGAAGAAAUGAGAGGAUGAGACAAGAUAAUUAUAAAUACAGAGCUCGAGUGCCAUUUUAAAAUGUAAAACUAUAGUUUUUAGAUUUAGAUAAUUGUAUUUAUCCCCACGGGGUAAUUGAGAGUGCAGAGUGGCAUAUACAGUUAAAAAGAAUAAGCGCAAGGCAGAUAAAUAAAUAAAAUAUGUUGGUGAAGUUGCUCCUUCUUUUAUGAAGUGUCUUGCCAGCAGGGGGAACUAGAAGUUGGAAAGUUCUGGUUUAAAAAUGGCUCUUCUCCCCAUCUGACGUGCAUUUUCCAUUCUGUGCUCCUGCUGUGCACACUGUGAGCUGACUGAUAAUCUGCUGUUUGGACAGUGAACAUAAAAAGUCCACAGACUGUUGACCUAAGCGAAUGCUACUCACGCUAACAUCUGCCAACCUUUAGACACCGCAAACAUGAAGAUUCACACCUUGAUUAAUUCAGAGUCAGAGUCAGCUGACUUACAACAUUUAUCCUGCUUCACAGUGAAGUCACUGCUGACUCCUCUCCAGCCAGCUCUUAUGUGAUGGAUUUGGGAAGUAGGGUGGCUCAGAGAGAGAGAGAAAAAAGAGAGAGAGAGCUAGACAAGGAGGGAGGGGGAGAGAGAGACUUUUGCACAGCUUGCCUACCUUGUUACUCCUGUGCCAGCUCCAGCAUGCAUGUCUGCCUAUCUGUUGAUUUGUGACUUUGUGUCUGAAUGCACAUCACACUUUGAUCUCUCAUCUAGCAGCUCAUCGAGAGGACACAGGAUCAAACGUGAAGGAGUACUGUGCUCUGAAUUAAGACUGUGAUUUGUUUUUGGGGGCCGAGUGCAUCUUUUAAUGCUGUGAGCGUUAGAAGGAUGAUUGCAGGAAGGACAAAUACAAGACAGAGAAAUGGACAGGAGGUGUGUCUUAUCAGCUCACUCUUCAACUUUGACAUUGAAAGCUGACCUUUUGCUGCACAGGCCCGCAGAGCCACAGUGUCUGUGUGAGGAAAUAUGGCAACUAGGACGUCUGGAUGGCGUUUGCUCUCUAAGCCAGCCUUCAUUCUGGAGGGAAAGGCCCCACUCGAGCCCACCAGGGGGGAUGGAGGAGGCAGAGAGACCCUCAGCCCUGCUUCUGCUGCACUGCUGACUCAGGCAGAAACUCCUGCACGCUGGCAGAGUGAGAGCCUGCUGGCAGAGUCCUGGUCCACAAUGGGCGAUGUAGAUCCCGAGGACACCAAGAGCCUCGACAGCAGUGACGGGGCACUUCUGACAGGGGAGGAGAACCACUCCUCCAACUCUGACAUGGUCCACCUGGAGCGGGACGAGGCUGAGAUGCUUGAGGAGGCAGAGAAGAAAGGGAAGCGAGCGGAGGAAGAGGAGGAAGAAGAUGAGGAGAUGCAAACAAGUAUGUUAAGUGUGUUGGGUGGGGAAAGGGAGCUGGUGGCACUCAGGGAGGAGGAGCAGGACCUCCAGGCCCCAGAAACUCAGGAGCUCCUGGUGUCAGCAGAGGAGCCUCAUGUGGAGCGUGAGCCAGGAGAGUUCAGGCACGUGGUUCCCCCGAUGGCCCUGCCUCCUCUGCCUAUUGUUAAACUCGACCCCCCCUCCACAACAUCCACCCCAGUCCCUUCAACCACAACAUCUGAAGUAGAGGAGCUGUAUUCCAUUCAGGGCCUCCACCCUCCUUCUAUUCUAGCACCGAUUGCACCGGAGCCUCCAGCAGCAAGUGUCGAGCAACAACAGUUUUCACAGAUCCCCCUCACAGACGUGGAUAAACAUUCAGUUAAGGAGCCUGCAGAGAAGCUGCAGCCACGGCCAACUGCUCCCAAGACCAAACCUCUGAGCUCCACCGAGCUGCUUUAUGGAGGCGCUGCAUUAGUAGCAAUUGUGGGAGUGGUGGCAUAUAGUGCAGUGGUGUACUGCAGAAAGUAAAAAAACCUCUCUCUGAAUCCCCCAAACCACCUUUCAGCACAUUUUUUCUCUUGUUUUUAAAUCUAUUCCAAACUAAAUAUUCCACCACAUCACUAUCCAAAUAAUGGAUUUUACUCUCUAAUGCUGUUUGCUAAUUAGACACACUGAUUUGAUGUUUUUUAAUUCGUUUUGUGCUACCUCAGCUCACAGCAGAGCUUGUGGCCUUUGUUUUUCUGUUUGAUCUCUGAGGAAAUGUAUCCAAUAAAAUGUAACCUGAAAUACACAAAUCACUUUAAGUGCAAUUUUAAACU